AUGGCGGCCGCCAGGUGGUCCCCGGCCGCCUUCCUCGCACUCCUCCUCCUCCUGCUCCCGUUCGCGCCCAGCCCAGCACGCGCCGCGACGCCGGGGAAGUCCCCGUCGUCCUCGUCCACCGCCGUGUUCCAGCUCCAGGGUGCCGUCUAUCCCAUCGGGCAUUAUCAUGUCACCAUGAAUAUUGGGGACCCGGCCAAGCCUUACUUCCUGGACGUCGACACCGGCAGCGACCUCAGCUGGCUGCAAUGCGACGCCCCCUGCCAAAGCUGCAACAAGGUGCCACACCCAUGGUACAAGCCAACAAAGAACAAGAUUGUUCCCUGUGCAGCUUCGCUCUGCACUAGUUUGAGCCCUAACAAGAAAUGCGCCGUACCACAGCAAUGUGAUUACCAGAUCAAGUACACGGACAAGGCAACUUCACUCGGCGUGCUCAUCGCUGACAACUUCACACUGUCCCUGAGGAAUUCAUCCACUGUCCGUGCCAACCUCACCUUUGGCUGUGGAUAUGAUCAGCAAGUGGGAAAGAAUGGCGCAGUGCAGGCGGCGACGGACGGCUUGCUUGCGCUUGGGAAAGGAUCAGUUAGCCUGCUCUCGCAGCUCAAGCAGCAAGGGAUUACCAAGAAUGUUCUUGGCCAUUGCUUCAGCACGAAUGGAGGAGGCUUCCUCUUCUUCGGGGAUGAUAUCGUACCCACCUCGCGUGUAACUUGGGUUCCCAUGGCUCGUACCACAUAUGGGAAUUACUACUCACCUGGCUCAGGAACACUGUACUUCGACCGACGCUCGCUAGGGGUGAAGCCAAUGGAGGUGGUAUUUGACAGCGGUAGUACCUACACCUACUUUGCGGCCCAACCAUACCAAGCAACUGUUUCUGCGCUCAAAGCUGGUCUCAGCAAGUCACUUAAAGAAGUCUCAGAUGUCAGUCUGCCUCUUUGCUGGAAAGGGCAGAAGGUAUUCAAAUCUGUGUCAGAAGUCAAGAACGAUUUCAAGUCACUGUUCUUGAGCUUUGGCAAGAAUUCUGUCAUGGAGAUCCCUCCCGAAAACUACCUCAUUGUCACUAAAUAUGGGAAUGUGUGCUUAGGUAUCCUUGAUGGUACGGCUGCUAAACAGACAUUCAACAUAAUUGGAGACAUCACAAUGCAGGAUCAGAUGAUAAUUUAUGACAAUGAGAAAGGGCAGCUUGGAUGGAUCCGUGGGUCAUGCAGUAGAAGCUCUAAGUCUAUUAUGUCUAACUUUCCAUGA